AUGCUUCAGCAACAUACAACAAACAAUGGUAAUAGAAGUCCUUACGAUAGGAACAGAGGUGGCCUCCACAAUUUAGUAAAGAAGUUAUCGAGUAUAUUAUUUAGAAAGAUAAACCUGCUUCAAUUUACUAAUUUUAGUAAAACUCGUAAUGCUAAAUCGUUGCUAAGAAAAUAUUCCUCAAAGAAUUUUUUGUUGGUUCUAUUAUUUCUCAUUGUAAUAUUAACUACUAUAUUCAGUUUAAGUGUUAUUAGCACUGAUACAAAUAGAAUGCUAGAUACUUCUGGUUUUAGAGAAAAUAUAGAUUUAUCUGAAGUACCAGAUUAUUAUUCAUCUAGUCACCUGGAUGCUGGCUCCGAUGACAUUGACAAAAAUGGUAAUGCCGGUAUAAAAGAUUAUUUAAGCUCUAUUUUGGAAUGGACUUGGGGAUAUGAUGAAGUCAUUGAUUAUUCUGUUAACGUUGAUGAUUUUGAGAAUGGUGAUGUAUAUGUGUCAUUGUAUGGACAAGAUGAUUUUUCAUAUAAAUUAGUUAAUAACGAGUUGGAUCUAUCUCUAAAAGACAUCGAAACUGCAUUAUUAAAAAUAAACAGUGGGAGUGACGCUGAUGAAAGCAACAUUUUGCUUGAUGUUUUUGCUAAUUUUUAUAAGCACUGGAAAUUUAAUACGUCCCUAAGUUACAUAUUCGAGUACAGUUUUAUUAAGAAUUUUUUGAAAAGAUCUAGGUUUAAAAUUGAUAAUCUAAGUGAUAUUUUCAAUGAGACAAUGCAAAAUUCGGCAAAUCCAGUCUUGAGAACUUAUGAGCACGACCCAAGAUUGACGAUUUCUGUUUACUCAAAGUACAUUAAUACCCAUUAUAAAAAUUUAAUUGAAAUUGGAGAUACGGAAAUACCCUUUUCAUGGUACGAUUGGGCUAAUAUGGAUAUUUUAAAUGAUUUUAUUGACUUGGAUAGUAAAGAUAAGCCAAAUUGUAAAUGGAUUUUGAACAAAUAUUUGAAAACUGAAGAUUUGGAGAAGUUUGAAAAAAAAUUUCAUCACAAAAUAUUUAAUACUGAUCGUACUACCGCGUUGGUCAUGGAUGUCUUCACUUCUAACUCCAAGUUAAUUCCAAGUAAUGAAAAAGAACUAAAAGAACAAGAAAUUUUGGACCCGCAGGAAUACUGUAUAGAUGAUAAUUCACCAUUUUCACCUGGCUUUAAGUCGCAAAAAGUAUGGGCUUUUGGUAGACCUGAGGUUUGUAAUAUCCAUGGUAGAUCAACUUUAUUGUCAAAUUCAAAGCCACCGGUUUCAAUUAAUUUUAUGGACAGGACAAAUUAUAAAAUUUUACAAGUGUUCACCAUGAAUUCCACUUCAGAUAACUUUAUAAAAAAUGGUAUGUUGGAGGAGUUUUUAAUUAGCGAAUAUCCAACUUAUCCCCAUUUGAAAAAUGAUUUUAUGUUUAAUCAUUUAGAUUACUUUAAGCUAAUUCAAGAUAAGUUUCAAUUUGUUAGUUUAGACACCAAUAAACAAAGCAAAAAAUCGUUGAAAUUUCAAGUUACUUUGAGUCCAGAAGAUUUUGAAUUUGAUGCUCAAAAAAAAAUCAGUGAAUUAGAAUCAAAUUUACCAAAUUUAAAUAGGCACCAAGUUUCAUAUUUAGAUUCUUUAAAAUAUUCGUUAUCGUUGCAUCCGGCUGAUGUCCCUAAGUUUUUCAAAGAGGCGUCUAAAGUCAAAGAUUUUGGUCAUCUUGGCCAUCAUUAUGAUUUAAGGUUUUUCCAUGGUUCUUUGCCAUUUUUGGAAGUUAGAACAAGAUUGAAUAGUAUAGUGAGAGCAUGGUUGCAAUUUACGCAAUUUGCCGAUCUAAAUACUUGGAUAGCACAUGGUACGUUAUAUGGCUGGUUAUACGAUGGUCUGAGCUUUCCAUGGGAUGGUGAUCAUGAUGUCCAAAUGUCUAUUGUUGAUUUGAACAAAUUGGCUGAAUUUUAUAAUCAAAGUUUGAUUGUGGAAGAUCCUAAUGUUGGUAAUGGCCGCUACUUUCUUGAUUGUAGUAGCUCAAUCACUCAUAGAAUACAUGGUAAUGGUAAUAAUAAUAUUGAUGCUAGGUUUAUUGAUGUUGAUAGUGGUCUUUAUAUUGAUAUUACUGGGCUAAGUGUUAGUGGGGAUAAAUCUAGUGGUAGAUUUGAAAAAAUUUGGAAGGGUCUUGUUGAUAAAGACAAGGACAAAAAUGAGGAGGAGAAAAAGAAAGCAGAGGAGAAAAAGAAAACAGAGGAUCAAAAGAAAACGGAGGACCAAAAGAAAGCAGAAGAGCAAAAGAAAGCAGAUGAGAAAGAGAAAACGGAAGAGCAGAAGAAAGCAGAUGAGAAAAAGAAAGCGGAGGAGCAAAAGAAGGCAGAAGAUCAAAAGAAAGCAGAAGAGCAAAAGAAAGCAGAUGAGAAAGAGAAAGCAGAAGAGCAAAAGAAAGCGGAGGACCAAAAGAAAGCAGAAGAGCAAAAGAAAACGGAGGACCAAAAGAAAGCAGAAGAGCAAAAGAAAACGGAGGACCAAAAGAAAGCAGAAGAGCAAAAGAAAGCAGAAGGGCAAAAGAAAGCAGAUGAGCAAAAGAAAGCAGAUGAGCAAAAGAAAGCAGAUGAGCAAAAGAAAGCAGAAGAGCAAGAUAAGAAUAAGUUGGCCAAAAGGUUGGAAAUUCCCGAUUAUAAGGAUCCUAACCUUAUUAAAGGUGUUAACGAUCUUGAUUGCAAACAAUUGUUAGAAAAAGAAAAGAAAGAAUGGGCAGAGGUUAAAGGCAAAAAUAAAAAAUUCCCUGUGUCUCGUGAAAAAUACUUGAAUCAAAAAAAUGGUGAAAUCACUAAUAUUGCGGAUCAGAAAAAUAACUACAAGAUUAACAAGAACAUUAAAGCUUAUAAUUGUAGAAAUAGGCAUUUUCAAGCCUUUGAUGAAAUUUCACCCUUAAGAUUAACUUAUUUCCAUGGUGCUCCUGCUUAUGUUCCUAAUAAUAUCAUGCAGUUUUUGAAAACCGAGUAUAAUGUUCCUAGCGAGUACUCUUAUUCUGUUUUUGAUAGAAAGGUCUUCAUGCCUGAGACACGUGUUUGGUUUUCUGAGAAGGAUUUACUAAAGGACAUUUCCAAAUUAUCAGGGUUCCCUGAACAAAAUUUUGCUCACUUGAGUAAUCUAGAAGUUAAACACUUUUUUGAGGCCUUUGCCGAUAUUUGUAUGACCACCAGUCAACGUGAGGAUGAAUUUAAAUUUUACAUGGAGUAUAUUUAUAAUUCAUUCAGAACCACUUUAUUUAGACAACGUGAAUUAGAAAUUGAAUACGAUACUUCUAAUUCUAAAGCUCAUAAAAUUGAUAUUUUAACCAAAUUUAAUGCCAAGGUAAAUAAGAAUAAUAUUAAUAACUUAUUCGAGCCUAUGUUUAAAGACCCAUUCAUUUAUAAGUUGGAAGAAAAAUUAUGGAAUAAUAUGUUGGCCAAAUACAUGAUUAAUUUUAUUGAGUUGAAUGAUAAAUUGCAUGAGUUGUAUGGGAAUUUAUCCACUGAGUUGUAUGAAACUGAUUUAGCCUUUUAUUCUAAUAGAUAUAAAUGGCUCCCUGGGGACUCUGAUUUUAAUGCUAUGAUUAAUGAUGACAAAUUGGGUAAUCGACAAUUUGUUUUAGGAGAAAAAUGGACUAAUAAGCUUUUUGCAUCUCCUCCUCAAUUAUUUGGCUAG